CGUUGAAUGACGAGUCCGCGCGCGCGCGCGUCACUGAGGUCGAUGACGUAGUGCAUCAUGGCGGCGCCCCACUCCACCAUGAAAUUCUGGAAACCCGGCUCAGAGGCUCCAGGUGUGUGUGAGGAGAGAGACCUGAGCACAGAGACCACCGGCUCCCCCAUCAUCUUUAACCCACACACAGCGCUCUCCAUAGAGAAGCAGAGGCAGAGACUGCCCGUCUUCAAGCACAGAAACAACAUCCUGUAUCUGGUGGAGAGUUUCCAGACAGUGGUGAUUGUUGGAGAAACGGGAUCCGGGAAAAGCACACAAAUCCCGCAGUACCUGCUGGAGGCGGGAUGGGCGGCGGACGGGAAGGUGAUCGGCGUGACCCAGCCUCGCCGAGUGGCCGCCACAUCCGUGUCCGGGCGAGUGGCGGAGGAGCGCGGGGCGUAUCUGGGGCACGAGGUGGGCUACAGCAUCCGCUUUGACGACUGCUCGGACCCGCACGCCACGCGCAUCAAGUUUCUGACGGACGGCAUGUUGGUUCGGGAGAUGAUGUCCGACCCGCUGCUGAAGAAGUACAGUGUGAUAAUGCUGGAUGAAGCUCACGAGAGGACGCUCUACACAGACAUCGCCAUCGGCCUCCUGAAGAAGAUUCAGAAGAAGCGCAGAGACCUGCGUCUGAUCGUAGCUUCAGCCACGUUGGAUGCCAAGAAAUUCCACGAUUUCUUCAACCUGAACGAGUCUGGAGACCCAAAUAAAGACACGUGCGCGAUUCUGACGGUGGAGGGCCGGACUUUCCCCGUGGAUAUUUUCUACACUGUCAGUCCUGUACCGGACUACGUGAAGGCUACGGUGGAAACCGUGAUGAAGAUCCACGAGACGGAGGAUGAUGGAGACGUGCUGGCGUUCCUCACGGGACAGGAGGAGGUGGAGAAGGUGGUGUCUAUGCUCCAGGAACAGGCCAGGACCUUGUCCCGUUACGGCAUGAAGAAGCACCUGUGCGCGCUGCCCAUGUACGCGGGCCUGCCCUAUAACGAGCAGAUGAGAGUGUUCGAGAGGAUGCCCCCUACUGUCAGAAAGGUGGUGGUCGCUACUAAUAUAGCCGAGACGUCCAUCACCAUUAACGGCGUGGUGUUUGUGAUCGACUGUGCGUUUGUCAAACUGAGGGCGUAUAAUCCACGCACCGCCAUAGAGUCUCUGAUCGUUACGCCCAUCUCUAAAGCCUCGGCCUGCCAGAGAGCCGGGAGAGCCGGGAGGAACCGCGCAGGGAAGUGCUUCCGCCUCUACACAGAGGAGGAUUUUGAGAAGUUGCCCGAGGCGUCGGUCCCGGAGAUGCAGCGCUCCAACCUCGCCCCGGUCAUCCUGCAGCUCAAAGCUCUGGGCAUCGACAAUGUGCUGCGCUUCAACUUCCUGUCUCCUCCUCCUGCUCAGUCCAUGGUCCAGGCGCUGGAGCUGCUCUACGCUCUCGGAGGUCUGGAUCAGUACGGCCGUCUCACUGACCCCAUGGGCCUGCGGAUGGCAGAGUUUCCGCUCAGCCCCAUGUUUGCCAAGAUGCUGCUGGAAUCGGGAAACUUCGGCUGCUCCAAGGAGAUCGUCACGAUAGCAGCCAUGAUGCAGAUACAGAACAUUUUUGUAGCUCCACACAACCAGAAAAAAUCGGCUGCGCGGGAGCGCAGGAAGUUUGCUGUGGCGGAGGGCGAUCAUCUCACCAUGCUGAAUGUGUACGAGGCUUUCAUAAAGCAUCAGAAGAGCUCUCAGUGGUGUCAGGAUCAUUUCCUCAACUAUAAAGGGCUCCUGAGGGCCGUGGCCGUACGUGAACAGCUGAGACACCUCCUCAACAAGUUCAAGGUGCCUCGGACCUCUAGUGAAGGUGAUCCAGAUGUCAUUCUCAGAUGUAUCGUGUCUGGGUUUUUUGCGAAUGCCGCUCGAAUGCAUCACUCCGGCUCUUACAGGACUCUCCGUGAUGACAGAGAACUGUUCAUUCACCCUGAUUCAGUGCUGUAUGGAGAAAAGCCCCCCAAAUGGGUGGUCUUCAAUGAGGUGGUUCAGACCAGCAAGUACUACAUGCGAGACGUGACGGCGGUCGAGUCCUCCUGGCUCGUGGAGCUGGCGCCUCACUUCUACAAACAGGCCAAGCACGGGUCUCUGAACAGCAAACGGGCCAAAGUCUUCUGAGCCGGGCUCCAUCACUUCCUGGUCACAGAUAAAGAAGAUCUUAAGAAACUAAACUAAAGGGACUAUUAAGUACACAUGCACACUUUGGUGUUUAUUGCAGCUGGAAGGCAAAAGGAACACUGUGGUAUUUUGUAUAUACAAAUGUACGUGAUACAUUUACGCGGCCGUGGUCAUCUUUGUAUAAUUUAAUAGCCAUUGGGAUAACUUGACUGUGAUUGGAUGGAUGGAUGGAUGGAUGGAUGGAUGGAUGGAUGGAUGGAUGGAUGGAUGGAUGGAUGGAUGGAUGGAUGGAUGGAUGGAUGGAUGGCGAUAUCGAUGUACAGCUUUACAACAUCGCACGAAGCCCUACCCUCAACAAUAACCAGAAUAUUACUAUAAUAAGCUACUUUUUACCGGUUAUUUCAAACCCUCAUCGGAGAAAUACUGUGUAGCUCAAACGUAGUGGCCUUUUAACCAUUAUGUGCCAAAUAUUAUAAAUCUGUAGAACAUUUCCUGAUGUAUAUGGAAUGUGAAAUGAAUUGUAGUUACACUGUCAGCAUGAGACAAAAAAGUGCCAUUUUUUUAAAAUAUAGUAUAUAUAUAGGUCCUCAUCAAGUAGCCUUGUUAUGCACCUCUGGCCUAAAAACUGUGUUCUUAGGCGUAAUCAUUUCAUAGUGUAGAGUCCGGUCUCAUUUAGGGAAGAUCAGCCAUGACUAGUUCAGUGUGGUGAGAGAAUAGCACAGCGAAUGAGACGCCUCAGGGAGGAGCUUCUUUCUUAUUAAAGUCAACGGGGUGCUAACUGUGGAUAUGGCAACCCUCCUUAGUAGGAAGGCCGAGGUGCCAAUCAUGUCGGUGGAGGCGGAGCCUCUGUCAUAAUGUGACAACGUUUUGACAAUGUACGUGACGUUUUAGUUUUGCUGUGACUUGUUGGUUUCUUUGUAGUUUAUUGAAUCCAAAAAAACUUUAAAAGCAAUGUAAUUAAAAUCUACUUUUAAGGUUACUUCUGUAACGUUAUUACCAAAUGUCUAUGUAGUCCGUAGCAUAGGUUUAGGUCGUGUCGAUGGCGUUUUAAACGUUCUUGCAUGUCUUGUAAAGAACGCAGAUCUCAAGCAGCGUCACAGCAGUGCAGUUAUUUGUAGAGGAAAUCAAAUAAACUGUGGUGAAUGUGCUGGAUGUAAUCGUACCACACUGCUGCUCCAGAGCUUGAAUAAAGUCUGAUGUUCACUGUAAAA